UAAACAAGCAAUGGAUAUACUGCCCAUAAACGCAUAAGAGUCCCAUGUGGAUUUUUGUCGAAAAUGAGUUAUCCGUUGGAUUGUAUUCUGUAUCACCACUGAAUCACACUGCACAAAUAAGAUUACCGGUCGGUAAAAUGCAUUCCUUUUCUGCUGUCCACAAAAUUGAUGAAGAUAUUAUUGAGUUGUUUAUUCGAGAAAACGGCAUUGUUAAGGGGGCCAUUGGCGGAAAGACCCUCGGAAGAAAAACACGAUCUUCCAACAAUAAGUUACUGGAAAAUAUUGCUAUAGAAGAUCUAAUUGUUUCUGUAUCGACAAAAUCAACUAGUCUAGUGAAAGUUGCAUUGAGAGAAAAUACAAGAAUCGUUUCUGCUACUAAACGGAAUAAAAAAUCAACCGAGGAUGAGAAAGCUAUACCGGUCACUCACAACAUAGAAGUAGAAAUUGAUAAAACGGCAAUCAAAUCGGCUCGUUGUAGUGAAUGCUAUAAAACUAAUACAAAGUGCUCCCAAAUUUACGCAUGUCUCGUAUGGAUACAACUGAAGCAGAUGAAAGAUUUACAAGAACCAGAGAAUCAAGAGCAAAUGCAGAAGAAAAUUAAAAGCGAACAGAAGGUUGAUAACGUGUUAAAACCGGCUAAUAUGGAUUCUGAACACGAUGUAAUUAAACCGUUGCCGAAGUUGAAGAAGGAGAUUAUUCAGAUCUCACCGACAGAACUAAAAUCGGCAAUGAAUUUGUCCAUGUUUAGUUUGAUUCGCGAGUAUUCAAGUAAUGACCCUAACGAGUUUCUUAAAUAUUGCACUGAACGCAUGCAGGAAGGAAAUUGUUCUAAUGCUCAAUUCUUGACCGUUGAACAGGCGGAUACUGAUCUCUGGCACGAAUUGAGAAAAGGUCGUAUCACUGCGUCUCGAAUUUACGAAGCCUCUCGAUGCACGAUGUUGAGCGGUUCGCUAACUAACAAAAUAAUGGGAAUAAGCUCAGGCUUUUCAUUUGCAAUGAAGAGAGGUACCGACUUGGAGGGUCAUGUUUUUGCUGUAUUGAAAAAGCAGUACCCAUCCCUGCGAGAGACUGGUCUCGUUCUUGAUGCUCAAUUUCCUUGGAUGGGAGCUUCUCCGGACGGGAUCAGCGAUGAAUUUGUUCUGGAGAUCAAGUGUCCGUACACACCGAAAACGUACGAGUGUUACAUUGAUGUGAAGAAGUUAUCCAAAAAAUAUUUCGCGCAAAUUCAACUGCAAAUGCACAUGACACACAAGACAAAAGCGUUGCUCGGCGUAGCAGCGUUGGAUUUCGAGCGGACCCGAAACGUUACGCAGGUAUGGAUUGAUUACGAUCGGGAAUAUGUUGAUAAUAUUAUGAAGGAUGCCUUUGAGUUCUGGCAGAGAGGCGUUUUUCCUGCGCUGCUGAGAAAGCGCAAAUCUAUGAAGUAAAAAGUCGACCAAACAUUAUUAUUAAGCUGAUAACCUUGAUAUGUAUGUAACUGCUAGUUUUUUAUAGUAAACCCAUCUGACAAAGUUAUAAUGAAUUAAUCGGAUGAAUUCGUUAACUAGAUGAGUCGGACAAAAUUACGAUUAAUGGAUUGAAGUUUUCAUUUUGUUUGUUUAUCUAGUAAUAACCAGUUUCAAGUAAUCACUAUAAUAUUACUCAUUAGAUUAGGAACCAGAAUUUGGUGACAAUGUUACUCGAAUGAAUUCGAUCGUUAUUUUUGAAAUGUUCCAAAUUCGGCAUAACAGACCGGAUUACUAACAAUGAACAAUAAAAUCAAAUAUGGUAAUGUUUUCUAAAAUGCGUA